AUGUUACAACAACCCUUCUCAUCUUCAUCUUCUUCCUUAUCAGGUUUCAGAUACAAACCCUUUUCUCCAUUUUAUCCACUUCAAAUCAAAUCAAUAUCUUUUAAUUUCAAUAGUAACCACUUAACUUCCCCUCUUAUCAUCCAUCAUCAUCAUCACUACCCAUCACCAUGUUCUCUUCAUUUCACCACCAACACUUCUGAUUCAUCAACCUCUUUUGCAGUCUCUUACCUCAUCAACACUCUUGACUUCACCCCAGCAUUUGCUUCCAAACUCUGCUCCACUUACAAUAUUCGUUUCAAGACUGCUCAAAACCCUGAUUUUGUCCUCAACUUUUUAAGAAACAAUGGUUUCUCAGAAACCCAAUUACGUUAUAUCAUUCCCAAGGCACCAUGGCUUCUUUCAUGCGACCCCUUCACAAGGGUCAUUCCAAAGUUUGAAUUUUUUCUAUCCAAAGGUGCAUCUAAAUCUGACAUUGUUAAACUUGUCUGUAGUCACCCAACGGUCCUGGCUCCAAGUUUAGAGAAUCAUAUAGUCCCAACAUAUGAAUUGUUGUAUAGAUUAUUGCAAUCAGACAAGGAAACUAUUGGUGUUAUAAUUCAUAAUCCAUAUUUACUUGCUAACUUUCGUGUGCCACAUAACAUCACAUUGUUGGUUGAGAAUGGAGUGAAGGACUCAGCCAUUAGAAGAAUGUUGCUUCGGACUUAUUCUCGGGCAUUGGAUGCAAAGAAAACUUACAUGCUGAAGUUGGUGAAGGAAUUGAAGGAUUUGGGUUUUAAUCCUUCAGGAGCAACCUUUGGUGUAGCAUUGGAAGCGAAACAAACGGUAAACAAAAGAUUGUGGAAAGAGAAAGUUGAUGCCUUUAAGAAAUGGGGGUGGUCUGAUGAAGAUGUUAUAGAGGCAUUUAGAAGGAAGCCUCAUUGUAUGUUAACAUCCAUUGAUAAAAUUAAUUUAGUGAUGAGUUUUUGGGUCGAUCAGUUGGGUUGGGAUGCGCGUGCCCUUGCAAAAGGACCGGCAGUUUUGUCAAAUAGUUUGGAGAAAAGGAUCAUUCCAAGGGCCUCAGUAGUGCAAUUUCUGCGGAAAAAAGGUUUGUGGAAAAAGACUGCAAGCUUAACUUCUCCAAUUAUUGUAACUGAGAAGUUGUUUCUUGAUACGUAUAUAAAUCGUUAUAAGGAGGAGUCUUCUUAUCUAUUAAAAAUGUAUGAGGAAAAACUCAAUCUUGCAUACACUACGGACAAAAGUUGCAUUCGAUGA